AUGGGUCACACGUCGAGUAACGCUCAGCUACUUAGUAUUCCGCCCUACAUUGCAGGCGCUAUUAGCUCGGCCGGGUUCAAUAUGCUCGGCGAUAAGAUGCAUCGCCGCAGCUAUUUCCUUUUGACCCCUCAGAUUCUUGUGAUUAUCUCCUACUACAUUAUCACGCCUCUGUUGCCAUACAUUGAGGAUCACAUCGGUGCUUGCUUCUUUGCUGUUAUACUUUUGAAUAUUGGUGUGUACCCGAUCAAUCCCGGUACCUCAACAUGGACGAGCAACAACUCUGUUCGAGCUGCUAAGCGCAGUGUCGCGUUGGCGUACGUCCUAGCACUCGCAAGUAUUGGUGGUAUCUUCGCGAGCUACAUCUUCAUUGACAGUGAGGCACCGAGGUAUCCUACGGGCUUCGGAGUCUCGAUGGCGGCAGCAAUCGCAGGCGUCAUUUCCGUUGUUUUCUUGGACUUCUACCACAAGAGAGUCAAUAAGAGAGACCAGAUGUCAAUCGAAGAGAUUUCGGAGAAGUAUAGCGAGGAGGAUUUGGCGAAGUUUGGAAAUCACAGCCCACUGUUCCGUUACACUUGCUAA